AUGCACUUAUUGGUUCGUUUUGAACGCCUUUCUCGCGCUUUCCUGCAGAUCCACGGAGUCAAGUCCGACAUGAACUACGUGCGCUACAACGCAAUUAUAAAUAUCCUUUCGCGUCCUCCGGCGCCCAAAAAAGAGAAAAACUUUUUGAAAAAAAACGGAUAUGGAGAAGUUCCGUUUUAUUUGAAGGAAAUAAAGUCUCAAAUCGAGGCGGAAUACGAUUUCGUGCGAAGUCUCAGGCACAGCAGCCACGCCGGAAAGCCGCAGACGCGGCUCAUGGAGGAGCCCGAGCGGCAGCAGCUGCUGGCCAGUCUGCGCAAUAAAUGGCAGCAAAUAAACAACGAGUACCAAAAUUUGACUUUUAAAUCUCAAAUUGACACCAUUGGUCAAGAAAGACGCAAAGACUUCUGCGAACAACAACUCCUCAAGAUCGAAAGCUUCAUCGACAAGCUCAGCAGCCCCCCAGUCCGCGUCGUCUGCCCCCCAGACGAGGCCCAGCAGCAGCAGCAGCAGCAGCAGCAGCAGCAGCAGCAGCAGCAGCAGCAGCAGCAGAGUUAG